AUGUCCGAUCCAGCUCGCUCCCCGGCACCUCCGCCCCCGCCACCGCCACCCAAAUACUCACAUCGGGCUGCCAACGCGCUCGCCAGGUUCGCCCAACCCUUCUUCUCCGGGUCGCGUCCUCCGAGCCCGCAGAGCGGCCCGGAGGGUCCCCGGUCGAUCAGGUCCAAAUCGCUACCCGGCGAGCCCCAGACUGUCACCCAUAAAACCGGAAUCCCCAUCGUCGCGCUUGAUAUCUCGCCCCAGCGCACGCACGCGGUCAUCGCCGGUAAAGAAAUCCUCAAAACUAUCCGCGUCUCGCCCGACCACUCCUCCGAAGAAUUCAACGUCCGAAAUGCUGUCAUCAGCUACGCUUCCGCCCACCAUGACGCGGGCGUGUCCAUGCCACACAAGGACCAGCUGAAUGUACGCGACGUGAAGUGGUCCCAUAGCAAUUAUGACCGGACAAUUGCCACGGCCGUCGCGAACGGCCGCAUUGUCGUUUACGACCUGCAGCGGCCCGGCCUCCAAUUAUGUCGCUUCCAGGGCCACAGCCGCCAGGUGCACCGGCUGGCCUUCAACCCCCAUUUCGCCGCGUGGCUAUUGUCGGGCAGCCAAGAUGGCACCAUCCGCAUGUGGGAUCUGCGAGCAGCUCCCACGAAUCGCGGCACCUCCACGUGUGGGAGUAAGCAUGUGUACCAUGGCAACAGUGAUGCCAUCCGGGACGUCCGGUGGUCGCCCAGCGAUGGCGUCGUGUUUGCGACCGCCGCGGACAGCGGCGCCAUCCAAAUGUGGGACCAGCGGAAGGGCAAUGCGCCAUUGAUGCGCAUUGCGGCUCAUGAUCGCCCUUGUUUUUCGGUCGACUGGCAUCCCGACGGGAAACACAUCGUCAGUGGUGGCACAGACCGCCAAGUCAAGGUCUGGGAUUUUUCCUCGUCUGCAGAACGAAGACAAAAACCCGCCUUUCAGUUCCGAACCCCCCAGGCCGUCGUGAAUGUGCGAUGGCGGCCGCCAUCGUGGGUGGGUGAAUCACCCAGGUUGGGAGAAUGGCAGUCAUCCCAGAUCGUUACUUCUUACGACAAGGAAGACCCGCGAAUACAUCUUUGGGACCUUCGUCGCCCGCAUGUCCCGUUUCGUGAAUUCGAUCGGUAUGAUUCCCCCGCAACCGAUCUGCUCUGGCGCUCCAAGGACCUGCUUUGGACAGUCGGGGAGACCGGGGCGUUCACCCAGACCGACGUCCGUUAUGCGCCCAAUGUGGUUAACCGCCGACCGAUGUGUUCGGUGGCCUGGAGUCCCAAUGGCGAGUUUGUCGCAUUUGCGCAGAAGCGGCCCACGCGGCGUGUUCGGGUAGCUGAGUUCCUAGGCCACGAAGAGGAUGAGGCGAGUCCCGGCGACAGAUCGCUGAACGACAGUCCCGGGGAGGACAUGCUGGACGAAGCUGCCAUGGUCUCUACAUUGCGGCACCGACAUACCAAGUCCACUCCCCAUCGACCAUCCAAGUCGUUGGGCAAUACUCCACCCGGAACAGUGGAUAAUGUACUUCCUGUGCUUCCUUUAAAUCAAGUCUUGGAAAAGAUUGCGACCCCAGGGCCCAAUCAAUUGGGCACUACCGGAAGCAUCCCAGGUGCUACAAAUGAUGCCUUCGUUUUUCGAUUCUUGGCAGGUCGCUAUGCGCCGCUGAUGGAUGAGCGUCGGGGCCAGCGCACAUCCGUGGAGAUCCUGAACUCCUUGAUGGAGGCACUGGACCACAACGCCGAGUGCGCGGAUGAGGUCGCCCUGACCAAGGUGGCUCAAACCUGGAGGAUUGUGAAAUUCGCCAUCCUUCAAGAGCUUCAGCGGAGAGCGAGGCAACAACCAGCGGGUAAAGCCGGUCCCAAAGAGAAGUCAUCCAAGGAGGGAUUAUUGAUGGACCGAUCCCGACCAAGCGAGGAGAAGGUGAGGAGUCGGCUGUUCAAGGGUGUCAUGGAAACCGAAGGCCAUCGAAGUCUGAUAUCAGAAACCGAAAGUACCUCAAACAUGACAACACCUCUCGCCAAACCCUUGCCCGACUCUCCUCCAAUGGACUCUUACGACAGCGGUGAUUCUCAGAUCCCUUCAUUGAGUGACGCUGCGAUCGAUGUUGAUCCCCUACCGCCGUCAGUUCUCAGCUCUCACAAUGGCUGGAGUAUGUCAGGCGCGAGCGCCCAUCGCGUAUCCCCAUUCCAACAGGGACAAUCGGUCUCGAGUGUAGACACGCACCCUUCCGAUCAGCUCCGUGAUCCAUUCGACCACGGUUCGGAAAUUGAUCAACGCUCCGCUCCUCGCGCGAUUGCCGGCAAGGUGGACUGGCGUAUUCGCAACCACCCAGACUACCCUCGUGAAGGUUCUGAGGAUGAUUAUGAUCAGAAACUGGAGGAUAAACGGGCCGCCAUCCGCGACUACAAACAGGCCCCAAAGAAGGUCUUGACGCUAGAAUCUCCCAUGCAGUCCAAUCGGCCUCCUGCACUCGACCCUUACCAGCAGCACGGAUCCUCUGAUAGCUUCCCAAUGUUUUCGGCAUCUACGGACAGUUCAAAUCCUCCGAAAUCCGCGGGGGCCUCGUACUCGCCCAAUGGACGGCAGCACGGAGAGUCGGAUGCCAGUGCCGGCGGAGGCAGACCCAGAAAAGAGUCUAACUUGGUUUCUCCUCGGGAAGUGGUGCCAGAGGAGGCCAUGUCAUUUGACGAGUCUCUUCUGGAGUACGACCAAGUCCAUCUCGAACGUCCAUCUAGCCCGCCUCCGUUUCUGGCCGAGUCAACUCCAUUAAAACAACCCCUUCCCGGAGACACCCAGUCUUCCACAGAUACCCCUCCUCUUUUCUCGGCUUAUCCAACGAUGCUGGACAUCACGGAAGAAGUCUCCCGAGUUGAACUCCCUUUCACCCCAGAUACAACAGACUUGAAGCCGUGGAGUAUCGAGGCUAUUCUGAAAGAGGCGGUCCGUUAUUAUCACAGCAGCAGUAGUUCAGUCGACAUACAAACCGCAGCCCAUCUCCUCCAGAAGCUUCACAUCCUUUUCAAGGACUGCGAAAAGAUCCUUCCCUAUGCAGAGUGCGAGCUCGUCUUCCAAACCUACAACGACCAUCUGAUCCGCCAUUCAAUGAACCUGGAGGCCGCAGAGCUGCGUCUCUCCUGUGUGCCUCAUUACCCCAAUGUGUACGACUAUGCCCAAAUAGACACCUCCAUCAACGUCUUCUGCUAUACCUGCCAACGACCGUACGAGAACCCGCGCCGCGACAACACCCGCUGCCACCGCUGCAACACCCCACAGCCUCCCUGCUCCAUCUGCAUGAGCAUCGAUCCGCCCCCGGAAUGGGUGGAACAGCAGCAGCAGCAACAGCGCACCAACUUUCCUCCCCUCACAAGCCCGGGUUCCGAAACCGAAACCAUCUCCCACCUCUCCUCACAAUCCUCCAUCCGAACAGAACCCCUCCCAGCCUCUGAACUCGACCAUCCCAGCCUCUUUGCCCCACCCCGUCCCAAGGGCUCUGCCCUCUGGUCCUGGUGCCAGGGCUGUGGCCAUGGCGGCCACCUCGCCUGCAUCACAACCUGGCUCAGUGACCUCACCAUCAGCGCUGGCGGCUGCGCCACACCCGGCUGCACGCACGACUGUGGACCAGGCCCCCGCCGUGGACUGAACCGUCAGGCUUUACAAGCUGAGACCAAGCGUCGCGACUCGGCAACUCGUUCCGCGGGCGUCGGUCUCGUCAAGAAGGACCCCUGGACAAAAGGCGAGAGUAAGGCCGUCGAGAAGGUUAGGGGUAUGCUCGGAGUCGCCGGCGUCGCUAAUGCCCCUGCUGCUGGGAGUACGGCUGGAUCCAGUGCUUCGACGAAUGCGACCUCUGCUUCUGGGGCCGCUGCUGUCACUUCAGGGACGAUGUCACCGAAGAAAGUGAGACUGGUUACUCCUAGUGAGCAGGGGAAACGGUCUCGUCGGUCGACGGCUGCUUCGAGAUAG